AUGUCCUCAGAGAGCACCGACCAGCAGAAGAAGCAGAGUCCUACCCUGCCUCCGGCACUGAGCAACUUUUCUUCUGAACCCAUCCCAGAUGGAGAAGAACCUGCACCGCCACCAACCAAAGAGCCCAAAGUUCCACCAGAGGAGGAGAAGAAGGAGCCCAAUGAAAAGAAAGAAUUGCCUCCCCAGCCUGAUCCGGAACCAGAUCAAGAAUCUGAAACGUCAAAACCUGAUCUUUCAUCUGGAAAUGAGAAGGAGCAACCACAACCAACUGAACAGCAACCUGAAGAACCUCCAACCUUGCCUCGGGCGUUAAGUCAAGAAACCCUGAAGGUAGACCGUCCUCCUCUUGAAGAAACUGAAGGAGAUGCGUCCAACCAAGCCCCACCAUCAGCUCCGGUGGAAGAUAAGCAACAGCAGAGGAAACAAUCUUCUACAUGGCCCUUGAAGUAG